AUUUUUAACCGUACCGUUUGUUUGUAGUUUGACACAAUUUUAACAUUUGCACAGGCGCAGUACCAUUCCACAAAAUAUACCGUGGCGUCACAUGACCUCAUCUGUUCCCGUGACCAUAAUUGUAGGAAAAUUCAAAUAUUUUUGCCAUAUAUUUUCUUAAUUUUUUAUAAUGGACAUCUUACAUCCAUUAGAUAACAGUGAAGUGGACGAAACUGAAACUAAGGUAAUUUUGCAUCAAGAUUUAAAUAUCGUCGAUGAGCACAGCAUUGGAAGCGAUGAAGAUCGAGUUGUGGAACAUUUGUCACCACAAACUUUAUUGGAGACCCCUUCUGACAAUAAUGACGUUCAGUAUUCGUUUCGUUCUUCAGAGGGUACAAUUACAUACAGAGUGCUACAAGUUGAUGAAGGUACAGAAAAUAUGUCCCAGAUAGUGUCUUCUAGUACAAAUUUUACGAAUCCAGGUGUGCAGCAAGUACUAACUAGCAACCUAAAUGGACAGUUAUAUGUGAUAGGUAGUCCGAAUGAUGUUUUUAGUAACCAAAGUAGUACAAGGGCCAUUGCACCCAGAGCAAAUAUAAUUGACUCAGGCCCAGCAGUUGCUGCAACCAUGAAAAAGAGGGAUGAAAGGCGCAGAGCAACUCACAAUGAAGUUGAAAGGAGAAGAAGGGAUAAAAUUAAUAAUUGGAUUACAAAAUUAUCAAAAAUUAUCCCUGAAAGCUCCACAGAGUUAAAAGGAAAUGGUCACUAUGAUGGACAGUCAAAAGGGGGCAUAUUAGCAAAGGCUUGUGAAUAUAUUUUGGAGCUUAAGAAACAAAAUGAGAAGACAGAAUUAUGCAUUAAAGAAAAUUUACAGUUACACCAAAGUCUGGAAAUAAUUAGCAAAAAGAAUGAAGCACUUGUGAGGGAAAAUAGAGCUUUAAGGGAAAUGCUAAAAAGAAGUGGAAUUGAAACACCCAGUGAAGUAAUAUCGUAGCUAUGAACUCUUAAGUCUUAAGUAAAAUAUAUGUAUUAUGUUGUAUGUUGUUGACCAGCUUGCCUUUAUAAUUUUAAAAUGUUUUGUUUUAAUUACAAUUAUUGUACAUUUGUAUUUGUACAGGACU